GUUGAAGGACAUGAAUACAUUUUAAUUAAUGUUACAAUUAUAUAAGAAGGGCUUCAAUAGGCAGGCCCACGAAAGUCUUCGAACAGUGGAAUCAGCUCCCUUGAGAUCUUCCAAUAUCACAAUGAUGUGGACCGUAGUUUUUCUGGGCGUCUUGGGCGUCUCCAUGGCGAAUGUAAUGAUGCCAGAAUAUCAGAACACCAUGCUUCAACUACACAACGAGGGACGCCAGAUGAUGGGUGAGGGAGAUUUCCCUAAUGAGUACGGAGAGGAAAGCUAUCCCUUUCUCAGAUGGAACGAAGAAUUAGCAAGAGAAGCCCAGAGAUAUGCAAACAGAUGUGAGUUCAGAUACUCAUCAAGACCCGAGUUCGGCGAGAACCUCUACAUUGAGCAGUCGUCCCGAUCGGAGGAAGGGGUCAUGAAUAGAGGCUAUAACGCUUGGAGGAACGGGGUCGACUCAUUCCGCUUCGAUGACAGGGAAUGCUCUCCUUCCCAGAGCUGCUAUUACUCACAGGUCAACUGGGAGGAGACUCGGGAAUUUGGCUGUGCAAUGAAUAACUGCGACUAUAUGUCUCAGUUCCAAGGUUACAAUGACGUACGGUUCCUGGUGUGUUACUAUGAUCCCAGGGGUAACUGGAUGGGAGAGGAAGCUUACGAACCAGCAAAAUAGAAGCUUCGUACGAUGGAUACUAAUGGACGACUUUCGACCGGAUGUUGCCUGUUCGAAGUGUUUAAAUAAAGCAAAGUGAUUGCAAAAGUAGCAAACACAAACAAUGCCGA